AUGCAUCCCCUCUCUCUCCUCGCCCUCCUUGCAGCCACCGCUUCUGCGGCCGUGGCGCCCCGCCAGAACGCCGUCAAUCCGGCUGUCGUUCCCCAGUCGUUCGGCGUGACAGCCGGCCAGGGCCGGGACAAGGUCCAGGUGGGCUCCUGCACGGGCGCCAACAACAAGCCGAUCCCGUGCUUCUGCCCGCCCGCCCCGCACAGCCCGGAGUUCCUCUCCAAGCUCAGCAAGGCCCUCCGCGACGGCUUCAUCUUCAGCAUCCCUGUCCCCAUCUCGCUCGAGAAGUUCAACGACGCGUCCGACAUGUCGGUCGAGACCCAGAAGCUCCGCGCCACCGCCAUGAUCCAGGUCUUGCAGAACUUCAACCUGACCACCCAGGGCGUCGGCUGCCCCGGCGCCUCCGCCCCGGUGCUCUUGAAGAUGCAGCAGACGGGUUUGGCUACCCGCGACCUCGCCGAGCUGGGAAACUGGGCGUAG